AUGUCUAGCAUAGAAUUAGAUAUAUGGCGAGGAGAAUGGGGAUUAGCGUCUAUUGACUUAGAAUGCCUCAAAGUCUUAACUUAUAUGAAAUUUAUUGGUGUAGCGGUCAAAGUUCGAGAAUCAAGUAACCCUUUUUUUACACCAAAAGGCGCCUUGCCUGUUAUGAGAGAUGGGAGAACUGUUCUUACAAAUUUCGAGGAGGUUGUAGAUUAUUUGAAAUCAUUGCAUUACAGCACAGAUGUACAUUUAAACCAAAAACAAGCAGCUGAAGCCAGCGCUUUUACACAAUACCUUCGGGAAAAACUCUAUCCUGCAUAUCAGUAUGCCUGGUGGGUCGAUGAGAAAAAUUAUGGAGAUGUGACACGGCCCACAUAUGCGAAAGCCCUUCAAAUCCCAUUUAAUUUUUAUUAUCCAUCUAGAUAUCAAAGUGCUGCUAAGGAAAUGAUAGAUGCGUUAUAUGGAGAAAAUACUGACUUAAAAGAAAUCGAGAAAACUGUCUAUAGUGAAGCCGAAAAGUGCCUUAAGACCCUCUCAGACAGGUUAGGGGAAAGUGAAUAUUUUUUUGGAAACCGUCCAUCUUCAUUUGAUGCCAUAGUGUUUGCAUACCUCGCACCACUCGUGAAAGCGCCUUUCCCUAAUUCAACUCUUACAAACCAUGUCAAAGGAAUAGCCAAUUUAAGUAGAUUUGUUGCAAGGAUCAGCCAGAAGAACUUUAGGAACGUUACAGAUGAAUACAAUAAACAAAACGCAAAGAAGUCUCAAGGUACUCAAGCUGAGCGUGAGGUCCAGUUUCCUAACGCUACACGCAAUAAAGUUUUGGCAGGCUUGUUUGCAUUGCUUGCUAUGACGGGAUAUGCGGCUGCCACUGGCAUGUUUCAGGACAUGAGAGAUUUCGAGCACUCGCAAGAAUAUGGCGAGAUGUUUGAGAAUGAAGAAGACGACAAC